AUGGAAGAACACAAGAUAUCAGUUCUCUUCCUGACAAUCGUCACCUUAUUGGCAACUGUAUUAGUCUUGGCCAAGGCACUACACGAUCGACCGAAAUUGAAUUCCUUUCUUUCAGAACCUGGAAUGGUUCUAUUGGUGGGGAUUGCUGUCAGUUUGGUGGUCAGUUUCUUUGCUGGAUUCAACGACUUUGUGGAUGCAGAUGAAGCAGCCGCUGCAGCAGCGGAUGCGGGUGAUGACAACAUUUUCAAGAUGUACGACGAGGAUCAAGCUGGAGAAAGUCUUCUGAAACUCAUGUUUUCAUUUCCAAAAGAAGUAUUUUUCUUUGGAUUCCUGCCGCCGAUUUUAUUCAAUUCUGGAUAUGAACUGCAACGAGAAAUGUUCUUUCGACACAUCAAGGCUAUUGGAGCUUUUGCUGUGAUUGGGACUCUGGUCUCUGGAUUUUCCACUGGAUUCAUACUUUACGGCGUUCGAGAAGCCGGUUGGUUAGGUGACUUUGCACCAGCCACUCUAGAACUCUUGACGUUUGGUGCCUUGAUUGCUGCUACAGAUACUGUCAGUGUUCUCGGUGUACUCAAAUCGAAACAAGUCGAUCCUCACUUGUUCAAUCUCGUCUUUGGUGAAAGCGCUCUGAACGACGCGGUUGCCCUGGUCCUUUUCAAUUCACUCUCCAAGGUUUUGGUGGAAGAUGCCGAUAACAAUCUAAAUCUUGCACACGAAGCAAAAAUGUUUGUCAUUGAAUUUUCGAUGAUUGCCGUUGGGUCUCCAGUCUUGGGAAUCAUCUUUUCCUUCUUUACCGCCAUCCUUUUCAAAAGGAUGGAUUUGCGAAAGCAUUCCGCUAUUGAACUCUGCCUGUACAUUCUUCUGAUGUAUGUGCCGUAUAUGAUGGCCGAAGUCUUUCACCUCAGCGGUAUUGUCACCAUCUUUUUCUGUGGCAUGUCCGCUCGCCGGUACAUUGAGCCCAAUUUGUCCUUUGCCACAGCCAAGAAUGCCGAAGCCAUCUUUCAUGCGAUUGCCUACCUUGCUGAGACCUGCAUCUUCCUUUGUCUUGGUCUCAGCUGCUUUGGAUACAUUGAACGCUUCCACUGGAGAUUCAUUGGCUUUGGAUUUGUGGCCUCGCUCAUCGGCCGUGCGCUCAGCAUUUACCCCAUCAGCUUUUUGUAUAAUUGCAGUCUCAAGGAACGAGUCACGGAUUCCUUACUGGCAUUGGACGAGGAAGCCUCGUUGGGUUCGAUGCAAUCCAGUGGCUCCAUGUCCUCUUCGAAACGCCAAAAGAUUCGAAGUACUCCGGCACGUCGCCAAGAUCGCAAGAUCCCCCCUCGAUUCAUGCACGUGCUCUGGUUUGCGGGUCUAAGAGGUGCCGUAGCCUAUGCGUGCGCCAAGAAUUUUCCAAAUGUGUACGGUCAUGAGAACGACAUGGUGACGUCCACCAUGGUGAUUGUACUCAUCAAUGUACUAGUCAUGGGAGGCUUUACCGAUGCUCUUUUGAAUUGUCUGAAGAUUCGCAUGGGUGUUGACGAGAAGGAAUACAUGAAAACAUGGCACAAACAACGAAAGCUGAAGGGAACCUUUCAUCGAUUCGAAAAUGACUACAUUUACAAGGUAGUGGUCCGAGAGGGGGAGAACGACAUUCCAGUCAAACCCAAACAUGGUUAUCAAAAUCCAGAAAUAAUAGAUACCAUGUAUCAGCUACAAAUUAUGGAAUUGGCAGAAAUUGACGAAACUGACAGCCAAUCCGAAAUGGAUCCAGAAGGAAUGGUCGUCGAAACCAAAUCGGAGACCGAAUCGGAGCACAGGUAG